UUCGUAGGACCGAGACGGAAAGGAAGGGUCUUGCACUCGUGCUGUUUGGCUCGUAAGGCCCGGAAAGAGAGAGAGGAGGGAGGAAGCGCGCGGAGACGGAGGAGAAAAAUUUAGCGAGUUCUUCUCGUCGUCCUGAUCAUUUGGGUCAAUGGAAAGGAAUGGAUCAGCCGCCACAUCGACUCUCUUCUUGGAUCGCAUCGGCGAGGUCACCGUCACGAUGGAUCCCGGUGGCUUCUCUUGGAAAUUAAUCGGACCGUGUGUAUCAGGAAAUGGAAUGUGCCUUAAAGAUCAAGAUGGAGUAACUUUGCAAUGAGGGUGCAUCAAAAACAAUUCAAGGAGGACCAAUUUUGGGCGUCUUGUUUGUGCAUGAACUUGCGGUUAAAAUCUGAAAAUAGGAUUGAAUUUGCCAAUAUUUAUGCUGUAGAGUUCAUUGGUUGGGGUUUGCUUGAGGAUGCUAAUGGUAGAGCUGGCAGUUUUCUAUCAGGCAGCAAGCUUGAGAUGUACCGGUUUGUAGUCCAUGGAUUCCAACGGGGUAGAACUUGUGGUUCUCCUUGGACUCUCUGUGAAUAUACCUUUGGUCACAAGGAUUUAAGAACAUGUGAAUCAUGGGUGCAGCAAUUAAUUGCUCAAACUAAUAUUGAAGCUGUUAGACCAAAAAAUCUUUUGGUGUUUGUUCAUCCAUCUUGUGGAAAAGGACAUGGGGUCAAAACUUGGGAAAUGGUUGAAUCUAUGUUUUCUCGUGCUAAUGUGCAGACCAAAGUAACAAUAACUCAGAGGGCAAGACAUGCAUAUGACCUUAUAGCAUCUUUAUCAGACAAGGAAUUGAGUUCUUUUGAUGGGAUUGUUGCUGUGGGGGGUGAUGGUCUGUUUAAUGAAGUUUUGAAUGGGCUUCUUUCCUCAAGACAUGAUGCUCCUUACCCUCCUUCUUCCGAGGAGUUAAAUAAUGCAUGCAAGAAGGAUCAAAAUGUUCAAUGCAUGAAUAAUGGCAUCAUGUGUAGUAGGCCUCUUUGUAAUGGUGCAACUAACAUGUUGUCUACACCUUCAAGUGGAAGUGAUGACCAUGAACCUCUUCUAUCAGCUGUAGGAUCCAUCACAAGCAAUGGUGGGUCACAUGAUAGAGGUCUUCCUGCUGAUGCGGAUACUGUCAAAGUUUCUUUCCCCAAUGAUUGGUUUAGACUUGGAUUAAUUCCUGCCGGUUCAACUGAUUCCAUUGUGGUCAGUACAACAGGUACACGAGAUCCUGUCACAUCUGCCUUGCAAAUCAUCCUUGGCAAGAGGAUAUCACUUGAUAUAGCUCAAGUGGUCCGUUGGAAAACUAGCCCUUCUUCUAAAGAAGUGCCUUCUGUACACUAUGCAGCUUCUUUUGCAGGAUAUGGCUUUUAUGGUGAUGUCAUCAAAGGGAGUGAAGGCUAUCGUUGGAUGGGCCCUAAGCGCUAUGAUUAUGCUGGAACUAUGGCUUUCCUGAAACACAGAUCUUAUGAAGCAGAGAUUAAAUUUCUGAAGACUGAAGAAGAUGUUGUUAAUAAAAAAGGGACACAAACUUCAGAACGUUUUCAUGAAAACUUGAAGAAGGUAGUUUGCCGAGCAAACUGCAACAUCUGCAAUGAUACUAAUGAUUCUGCAGAUUUAGACAUUAGUAACAUUAGUUCCCAGGAUUCAAGGUGGCUGCAAUAUAGGGGGUGUUUCCUUAGCGUGGGUGCUGCUGUCAUUUCAUGCAGAAAUGAAAGAGCCCCUGAAGGAUUGGUAGCUGAAGCGCACCUUUCUGACGGUUUUCUUCAUCUUAUACUUAUAAAAGAUUGUCCUCGACCCUUUUAUUUGUGGCAUCUGUUAAAACUUCAAAGGGGUUCUAACCCUUUUGAUUUCAAAUUUGUAGAACACCAUAAGACCCCUGCCUUUACCUUUGAUUCAUCUCACAAUGAAAGUGUGUGGAACGUGGAUGGGGAGAUUCUUCAAGCGUGUCAAGUAUCUGUUCGAGUAUGUAGAGGUCUAAUCAACUUAUUUGCCUCCGGGCCUGAAGUUUAAUUUUAUCUGAAAAGUAAACAUGUUUUUGAGAUCCAACAUCUAAAGGCCUAAAUUUUGUAAUACUGCCAUGUUCUUCAACUGUGGAUGAUAUACUAGAUUGCUUAUCUGAUUGCACAGAUCAGAACA